AUGAUCCGUCUCAAGGCCAAACAAGCUGAAAAGGCGGCUGAAGAGAAGAAAGCGGCAGAAGAGGCAGCAGCUUUUGAUGCAGGGGACAAUGCCGGGGUGGCGGCCCCAAAGCCCAAGACGAAGAUCCUCGGCGUCGGUCGUGGCAAGCGCAGCGGCAUCAGCAAGGAGAAAAAACGAACCCCAGGCGAAAUUCGGAUCCAAAAAGACAUUGCGGAGCUGGAUGGCGGGAAGGCCGCGACCGUCACGUUCCCGGAAGUGAACGAUCUUACAGUAUUUACUGUCAAGAUUGCCGUGGACACGGGUCUGUGGAAAGGCGCGUCGUUCGCCUUUAGUUUCAAGAUCCCGCCUAUGUAUCCACAUGACCCGCCAAAGGUCCAGUGUCUGACGAAGAUAUACCACCCGAACAUUGACCUGGAUGGUAACGUGUGUCUAAACAUUUUACGCGAGGACUGGAAGCCCGUAUUGGACAUCAACUCGGUCAUUUAUGGUCUGAUCUACCUCUUCUACGAGCCAAAUCCGGAUGAUCCGUUGAAUAAAGAAGCUGCAGAAUUGUUUCGGAAUGACCCUACGCAAUUCGCUGCAAUGGUGCGGCAAUCUUUGCGUGGGCACAGCGUUCGAGGCAUCGCGUUUGAGAAGCUGGUAUAG